AUGACGACCCGAAGAAGAACCGAACACCUAGAAGACUUCACCGCUCGCGACUGGUGCAAGGCCCUCUUCGCCGACCCCUCGAUAACGCACAUCCACGAUCGCCGCCUGUUUGAGGCCCGCGACGGCUGGAACCUGCUCUUCACGCGCGGCCUCUUUACAUCCGACGCGAUCCGCGCGUUUCUCGACUUGUGGAAGCCAGGUCACGGAAAGCGGCGGGAGGUUAUAGACCCCGACAGUGUAGUCACACAUACGGACACAACGUGGGAGGAGAUUGUGCCGCCCGACAACCCGAAAGAGGCGGCUAGACAAGCAGCGAAGAAGGACAUACAAUACGAUCUCUCCGAUCCGGAAGGAACGGAAAACAUCGUGCUGGUAUCGCUAGCUCACGAUGCCGAUGGGAACUAUGCGAGUCUUCAUGGCGGCAUUACGGCGUCGCUGCUGGAUCACUGCAUGGGCUGCCUUAUAGUCAAGAACUAUGGCAUCCCGAAUGCGACGAGUGAGUUGCGGGUUAAGUACAAGAAGAAUCUGGUGACGCCGUCUGUGGUCAAGGUUAGGGCGAAGAUCAUGAGGGAGAAAGGGAGGUAUGUUGAGGCUGUCAGCUGGGUGGAGGAUGGUGAGGGUGGAGUGUUUGCCGAGGGGUGGGGCAGUUUUGUCAAGAAUAAGGUCGUUAUGGCGAAGAUGUAG